AUGCAGCGAUUUUUCCUCGUGCUGCUGGUUGUCGCCCUCUUCACGGUCGUCGAUGCUGCCUCGGCGACUUCGACGCUGAAAUUCAGUCCUGUAUCGCUCAGUAACGACCACCCCGAGAAGAGGUUACUGAGGGUUGAGACAAAGACUGGAAAAGACAAUGAAGAAGAGCGAGCGAUCGCCGGGGCGGCGAUCCCUAACCAGUCGAAGCUGUCGAAGGUCAAAAAAUGGCUGUCCAAGAUGAAAGGGUGGAGUCUGUCGAAGUUCAAGGAGUGGAUCAAAGAGAACCGUGACCGAUUCAAGGCCUGGUACGCCGACUCCAAGCAGAUGAAACCGUGGACGAAGGAGAAGUUAACGCCGGACGACGUGUUCAGGCUGCUGGAGCUGGACCAAAACAUCAACAAGGUCCUCAACAACCGAAAGCUCACGACGUGGGUGAGAUUCAUGAGGUCCUACAACAAGAAGAACGAGAACGAGGUGACGCUGAUCGGGACGCUGACCAAGUUCUACGGCGGUGUACCGUUGGCGAAGAUGCUCGAGCUGGCGAAACCGAACCCGUAUACGACGAGGCUUGCCAAAAGGCUGCAGGGCGACCAGUUGAAGGGUUGGGUGGGGAACGGACUAAACAUGGACAUCGUAUACAGUAUGCUGAAAGUUGGCGAUGGAAGCAUCGAGAAGGUGCUGGCGAACCCGAUGCUGCGCGUUUGGACCUACUUCUCCUAUUUGAAGAACGGGGGCUACCCAGAGGCUUACGUGCUCAUAAUCAAGAAGUUGGUGACGUCGUACGACGAGAUGGAGCUAGCCAAGGCGAUCCAGGUUGCGACCAAGGACAAGACGACCGAGUCCGUCUCCAAGCGGCUGCAGACGGCGCAGUUCAAGGUGUGGCAAGCGGAAGGCCGAACACCGAAGGAAAUCUUCAACAAGCUCAACCUGGAUACCAAGAAGUGGCCGUAUGACCCCAACGUGGAGGUCUACAAAGCAUACAAGCUGUAUCUGCUGUAG